UUCAUUGACGGCUCGAAAGAUAAGCAAAAUGAUUUGUGCGCUCCUGGCCGCCGUCAUCACUACCGUUGCUUGUGAGCACUUCAUUAGGAAUGAUGGUAUGCCAAUCAUCUACGGUGGUAACAAUGAUACAAACAUGGCUCGCUCUCCCGGCCUUCUAGUGGUCUCUCCCGCUCCUCCACAAACUCAGCCUCUAAUACCUACAGUUUCGGCAAACUCUGCUAUACAGUUCGUAUCCCCUAGAGAUCAGCAAACAAACCAGCAACCUAGGUUUGUUGGCCGUAUUACACAUCGGGUAACUAACCAGCUGCCCCAUCAUGCAGCCCCUCUGGAACCUGAAACAAAUCAUUUUCCUCGGUUUGGAGAGACUCAAGGUCUAAGUAACCAACAGUUCACAGCACCUCGGGAACAGAUUACCAACUCGAUACAGUUUCCGGCACCACUGGUUAACUCUCAACCUUCUAAUACACAACAAAUAACCACCCACCAUCCUGGACUGAGCUUCAUACCAAGACCACAAGUCUUCCACGACUUGCGUCAGCCUACAUAUGUCUGCGAUCCCCUCGCCAAGCCGUUGGUUGACGAGGUUUACGAUGGAAAGCCUUACCACUUCUCAUGGUGUCAUGAUGGCGGCCGAUCCUACACCUGGUUAACUGCUGUUUAUUACUGUGCAGGCCUUGGUAAUGGCUUUCAACCUGUCAGUUUAGAAAGUCGGCGAGAACAAGAUUUUAUUUCUACCAUUGUUAUUCAACAUUACAUCUCUGACGUAUGGACGAGCGGUAACACCAUAAGCUCUUCUUCUUGGACUUGGUUAUCUGGUGCGUCUUCAGCUUACACAAACUGGUCUCGUACUGGCAGGCGAGGCCUCCCUCAACCCGAUAACGACGAAGGUAACGAGCAGUGCCUGGCUUUACUUAAUAACCACUACAACGACGGUGUUACAUGGCACGACUCAAACUGCAACAAUCAAAGACACGUUAUAUGCGAGGCAACACAAUUCUAUGGUGUAUAAAAUAACCUUUUACUUCGGCUUGCUGUCACAUUUUUUUGCUUUAUCAAGACUGAAAUAAAGCUUGAUUGUUUAA